CUUGUAGUUUUUCUUUUCUCUAUACGGGUUUGUCCUUCAAGUCUACAACUCACGCCCACUUCAGUCUCGGGAUUGGAAUUUCUGGUCUGCCCGCAGGAAGUAUAGCAGCGCCUCAAACACAGGCUUACGGCGCCGCCGAAUGUGGGGGGAAGUGAAAUGCCGACCAAUUGCGCCGCGGCGGGCUGUGCUACUACCUACAACAAGCACAUUAACAUCAGCUUCCACAGGUUUCCUUUGGAUCCUAAAAGAAGAAAAGAAUGGGUUCGCCUAACCAGGCGCAAAAAUUUUGUGCCAGGAAAACACACUUUUCUUUGUUCAAAGCACUUUGAAGCCUCCUGUUUUGACCUAACAGGACAAACUCGACGACUUAAAAUGGAUGCUGUUCCAACCAUCUUUGAUUUUUGUACCCAUAUAAAGUCUGUGAAACUGAAGUCACGGAAUCUUUUGAAGAAAAACAACAGCUGUAUUCCAACUGGACCAUCUAAUUUAAAAUCAAACAUUAAUAGUCAACAAGUGCUACUUGAACAUAGUUACGCCUUUAGGAAUCCUAUGGAGGCAAAAAAGAGGAUAAUUAAACUGGAAAAGGAAAUAGCAAACUUAAGAAGGAAAAUGAAAACUUGCCUACAAAAAGAACGCAGAGCAACUCGAAGAUGGAUCAAAGCCACAUGUUUGGUGAAGAAUCUAGAAGCAAAUAACAUAUUACCUAAGGGCACAUCCGAACACAUUUUACCAACUGCCUUAAGCAGUCUUCCUUUGGAGGAUUUCAAGAUUCUUGAACAAAAACAACAAGAUAAAACGUUAACAAUUCUCUAAAUCUAAAGUAGAUCAAGAGUACUUUUAGUUAAGAUUAGCCUGCAUAGAUCUUGAAGCCCAUCCUUUAUCCUAUUCAAAGGUAAAGAUUAAGAAAAUUAUGCCAAAAUUGGGUACUUUCAAGUUUUACUUGAAAUAAUGUUACUACUGUAUAACUUAUGGAAACUUGAUUACAAAAAAAUGAAGACUUUAUGAAACUUAUUUGAAAAAGCAUGGAAGUGCCUUACAUGAGAAUUACAUACUUAAAAAUUUUGCUAGGAAAUUUUUCAAGGUGUGCUGUGUUUUUGUCUUUUUAAACAACUUUUAAAGAACAGUCUAUGACAAAUAAUGUGUUUAACUUAUAUUAGAAAAAAAUGUUUCUGUGUACCAAAGUUGGAAUAUUACAUUCCAAAUAAGACACUAAGUAGGAGUUAACCAACAUUAAAUAUGACUUUAACACUGCUGGGUUUUGUAUUAGUUAAAUUAUUAUUGGCACUAUGAUUUGAAAACUUUAUAGAAAAAAAGCAUGAGGUACAGGACAAGGUCUUUUAUUUCAACUUUCUGUAUCCUUUUAACAGUGAAAGUGAGUUAAUCAUGACCUCCCUUAUAAGAGUAUUGUCUUUUAAAAGGGAUUGUAAAAUAUUUUGAAAAUAUUUUUGAAUGUGAAGUACCCUUGAGUCAUCCAAGGUAGUAAGCCCUCAAGUACCUCAGACUAGUAAAAACUGGUAGCUGAUUAUAUUCACCUUUUAAGAAAAUAUGUUGUGAAAUAAUGAAAAGGUUGGGAUCUAGCUUUUACCUUAAUUAAGCAAAAAAAUAAUUGUAUACUGCUUUUACUUAUAAUAAAAACAAUACAUUUUUAGUUUCAAAAUUGAUAUAUUAGUAAACAAACAUGCUACCAAGUUCCAUGUUAGGAAAUUCCCUCUGCUUUCAUGUAUAUCGAUACUAAAGCUUUUAAGCUUUUUUUCCCCAUAAACAUACAGUAGAAUUGAAUUAUACAACAAUACUUACCAUGUUAUAUCUUUACAACUUAUAACUUAAAAUGGAAUCAAUUUACCAUACAUGUCAGCUUGCUUUUUAUCUCCUUUCUUAGUGAGAGCCAAAUAGAACGACUGUACUGCAUGAGGGAAAUAAAAUGUAGUUCUCUACAAAAAUGUGUGUCUGUGAAUAAAGCUAUGCAAGUGCUAAUUGUUUUACAAAAUAGAAUAUCAGAACUAUUAUUGUAGUUGACACUUGAACAAUUAAAGAGUUUGCCUUACUUCACCAGAUAAAUGUUUAAUAACAUUUUCCUUCAAAGAGCUUUGAUCAAAUCAUGGAAAAUUUAUUAGUGUAUAGUGUUAUUCAAUCCUGAUUCCAGCUUUCUGACACCAACAUAUGAAAGUAACACACACCUAAUCGUAAAUUGCAUAAGUCUUUCCUAUAAGGUAAAUGCUACCUGAUGAUAAAAAUAAUUUUUUGUGUCAAUUGUUUAGAUUGCUGUUUUCCUAGGAUCCUAGCAUCAGUCUUUUUACGUUAAUAGCACCUUUCAAUAAGAAAUACCUCCCAAGCAACUAGAUUUCACAAAGGCAAAGGUAGGAAAAGUCUGUUUUAGCUAUCAUAAGGCACUUACAACAAAUAUUUAUUAAAAUUCUUUUCUAUAUACAGGGUGGGGCAAAAGUAGGCUUACAGUUAUGAGUACAUGAAACAAUUUAUUCUUCUAUUAUUAUUUAUUAAUUAUUGUAUUAUUUUCCAUAUGAACUGUAAACCGACUUUUUCCCCACCCUGUAUUGUAAACCUUGUUAGUCAUUUGUAUCUUAAUAUUAGACAUAGCUCCUUGGAAUUAUCAUUACAUUUUUUUCUAAUAUAGUUUCAAAUGUCUUUUUAUACAUAGCCUUAAUAUUCAGCAAACACUGACCAUAUCUACUGUAUACCAAUAAGUUAGGCAAAUAAUCAUUUAAACAUAAAUUGUGUUUUCCAAAUACAGACUAUCAUGUGGUUCACCACUCCUCCCCAAUACAAAACAAAACUAACAGACUGAUUCCCAUCUACAAUAUCUUGGUAUCUUAAUAUAACAUUUUAAAAAUCACAAAAAUGAACAUUAUGAAAACAAGCUUUUGGCAACAUUAAUCAUUAUUAUUUGAGACCACUGAAUAAGCUGCUCAGUUUUUUUAAGUAAAAAUAUUUUGGGGGUUUUUCCCCUAUGUCAUUUUCAUGUUGCUGUCCUGAUAAUAUGCUCCACACUCUCCCUGCAUCAAAUUCUUUCAUUAACAAACAUCUGUCUACCUUAAAAAUAGUCUCAUUCAUAGAAAAUAUGAAUUUUAAAUUUGUUUUUAGUUUGUUGAUAAACUCACCACUUUGACUUUGACCAUACACUAUAAAACUAUCAAAAUUAUAACAGCUCUUUGGUCUUCUACUGGACACCAAAUGCAUAUCUUGUAUUCAUUCAUUCUAUGUCUGCUAGGCACUAACUUCUACAAAGAACCAGCCAAAGGCUAGUUACUUGAUAUAAAGAUGAAUUUGACUCAAUUUUUUACCUUUAAGUUAUUCAAAGUCUCCUGAGAGAAAAAAUAUGUUUCAUACAAUAUGAUAAAUGCUAUAAAUGGUUUUAAAUUGGAAUUUAGUGAGAACAUAAACUUAAGACCUUUUUAUAAUGAAAUACUUUUGAAAUAAAGAUUUCUUAUGACAACCAAAGGAAGUAAAAGGACACUGAUGUUGACCUGAAUUACAUAGUGUUUUCUUUUAAUAAGUUGUAAGACAUUUUUCCCCCUUAAAAUGAAUACUGAACAAAUGUGUUGUUUAUGGUGUCUUUGUUAACAGAAAAACAUAACUAAAUAAAAUACUGCAUCAAAGCCAAGUACUGGAGUUUGACACUUGAUAUUGUUACAAAAUAACAAACCCUACUAACUCAGAUCUUUAAAAAUAUUUUAGCUGAGUCUUGAAGUUAACAGAACACUGUAGCACCCAUUAGUUUUCAUACUUGUUCUUUACAAAUAUUCUGUUUGGCAGGUGAUAUCUCCAAUGUACAGCUGAAGAAAUCUGUGUUGAUAUAGCUUACUCAUUCAGACAUUUACUGUGUGCAAACUGGCACAAGGGGUAGAAUACUAGUUUAUCUAGGAAGUUCUAGGUGGAACAUUGAUCUUCAGCCUCCAAAUUUAUCCUGCCCACCACAUUAUAAGCCUCUGUUAAAUACAUAAAUUAUGUUAUUAAAAUAGGACAAGUCAUGUGUCCCAAAAAAACUAAAAAAAUUUUAUCUAUAUAAUAUAGUCUAUAAAGUCAUUGUUAAUCUUUUCUAAGUAGACUAUAAUGUUGCUGUUCUAUCUCAUUUCUCAAUGUUAGAAUACGGGUAAAUUUUAACUUUGGUAUAAUAUAUAGAAAAUGAUUCAACUUUAUGCCAGCAUGUGGGAUUCUUUGGUAUUUAGGAAGUUGGAAAGUUUCUAAAAAUAAUGGUUUUAUAAUGUGUAUUAAACAGCUGCAUACUAUAUUCACAAGAAUGUAUUCUGAGUAUGUUGAUAUUAAAGACUUUUUUCCAAGGA